GGACUUGGUGUGCGUCGAAUAUGGGUCUCGCUGAAGCGACCGCUGGUGCUCAGGGGCGAGAAUGAUACUGUCGGCGAGACCAGAGUCGAGGUAGCCGAGGGGUUUGUUGCUGCGGUAUGGAUGCGGAGGCUGCCCUCGAAGGACUUUUUGGGCCGCGGCGUUGCCUCGCCCGAGGCCAGCGGGGGCGGGAGAGCAUUGCCGACAGAGCCGUAGUGAAGCUGCUUGGCGAUCCGGGAGGGAGACCCCGGGAUGCUCUUGCUGGCGAGCUGCUCUUUGUAGAGGAGAGUGCUGGGGUCAAUGACGGGCAGCACCGCCCGGGCAUUGACGCCCGCAGCAACAUCGGGAUCUUCAUGGACGGCCAGGAGGAACUGCAGAAAGGGAUCGAGCUCUCGGAUCUGCUUUGUCUUGAGGCGCUCAUAGGCCAGCUUGAAGUUAUCAGCCCACUCGGGAUGCACAUCCGAUGGGUCCUCGCUGUUCUCGUCCGAGACCUGCAGCUGGGCAACGUUCGAGGCGAUCUUUUCGACGGUCGAGAAAGCCGAGGUGGGUGUUGUUCGGGACGGGGUCGUUGGGGCCGUGGGCUUGGACAGAAAAUCGAGAUAGUACUGGCGACGGCCCUGAUCCCCGUCCAAGUGGGCAAUCAGAUCGGCGAGCAGGGCACCCAAUCGAAACUGCGAGUUCAUGGUGUGGACGAGACGGGCGUUUGGGAUGUCAGAUGGACGGACUCGGAGUCGGAUUCGAUCUGCUGGCUGGUCGGGCCCUCGGCUGCGAAAGAUGCGUCUGGGAGCCGGGAGAAAUGAUAUCGAUGAGGGUUUCGAGCGGACGGAUGGAGGUCCAGGCGUAGACGACUGCUUGGGCGGCGGCGAGAACCCCGCUGCUUGGAGGAAGAGCAGAUCCA